UGCGGUUGCCAAUGUAAAACAACGUCAUGAUCGUUACAUGUGUUUGAGCUGUCAUUUCGGCCGGAAGUUCGGGUCGUUAAAAAAGCGAAUAAUGGCCUCUAAGCGAAUUACCCAAGAAACCUUUGAUGCAGUUGUGAAAGAAAAUAUCGAAGAAUUUGAGAUGUCGCCCGAGGAAGCGCUUAGAGAAGCCAUCGAGCAGUUUGAAUCGCAAGGUGUUAAUCUAGUUAACAUUCUCAAGACAGUUCCGGCAGUUGGUGGUGAAGGGGAUGUAGCACAUGCAGCAAGACAUCCUGUUCUUGAAGCCUUGGACCAACUCCACCAGGUGCUACAAGGGGUAGUCACCGACAAGGAAUCGGUCAAAGCAUCCCUGACAAAGUUUUCCUUGGAGUGUGGUGUGGAUAUCUCACAUCGCAUCGCAGCUGCCAGUAACAAUGCCUACCCUACCCUGAAGUUCCUGGUGCAGAAGUAUCUGAAGGACGAGGGCAUGCUGUUGGCAGCUCUAGACGGCAUGGCAGCUCUCCUGAACGGCCAGCCCGACUUGAUCCAGGGGGCGGAUGGUCAGAUGCUUUGCGACAUCCUGCGGGAAAACGUCACCUCGGAGAAGAUUGCCGCAUCCUGCAUCAGAACUAUACGCUUAACGUGCACCAUGCACGAGAUCAAUCGGAGAGCCUUCGUCAAAGCUGAGCUCAUACCAUUGUUGAUCCAGACUCUUGAAAACUGUCCGACUGCCGCUGCCAUCAAGGAGGCAUGUGGAGCUUUGAGAAUCUUGACGGUGGAUGAUGACAUCAGGGUUCCCUUUGGAAAAGCUCAUGACCAUGCUAAGAUGAUCGUGGAAGCAGGAGCCAUGAAAGUGAUACUUGACACACUAACGGCUCAUGUAGACGAUCCAUCUCUUGCCGGUGAUCUGUGUCUGACACUAAGCCGACUAGCCGUACGCAAUGAGUUCUGUCAAGAGAUCGUUGAUCUGGGUGGCUUGAAGCUCGUGCUUCAGGUGUUGAAUGACAACAUGGAGAGUCAGGUUGUCGUGAAGCACGUUCUGGCCAUGCUGAAGGCCAUUGCUGGUAAUGACCAGGUCAAGGUAGCCAUUGUCAAUGCAGGUGGGGCCUCCAUCAUCAUCCAAGCGGUCAGUCAGCACAUCAAACAGCCUGGGGUUUGCGAGGCUGGCUUUGGAGCCAUUGCAGCCAUAACGCUGAGGAAUCCUAGCCAUGCUAAGAUAGCCAUGGAGGCUGGCACUGCGCCUGUCAUCAUACAAGCCAUGCAGAUACACCCAACGGAAGCAGCGACACAGAAACACGCCUGCAUGGCUCUCCGCAACCUGGUGGCACGUUCCCGCGAGUACUGCCCAACCAUCCUGGCCCUGGAGGCCGAGCCCUUGAUCCAGAAGGCCCGGGCAUUCUGUGAGGAUGAGGCCAAGGCAGCCCUACGAGACCUGGGCUGUGAGGUGGAGCUAAAGGAGCUCUGGAAAGGAGAGAAGAACCCACUGAUGAGGUGAGAAGGGCUGGUGUCCUGGCAUCAAUAUUGGUACAAGACCAACUGGUAUCUCCAUUCCAGACUUCCCGGACCUGUCAACAUUUGCCAAACAUCCAACUGAAGGCGCAAGACUUUUUUUUUUAAGAAAAGUAUGAAUUGCCAAUAUAAACAUAGGAUAGGACAUAGAGACCACAAUACUUAAAAUGGAACGGCCAACUCUCCUUCCUUUGUGCUCAUUCGUAUAGCUCGUGAUCAUUCAUAUGUACAAACAGGUUACGCCCCCCAAAAAAUAUUAAUUUCCUGAAUCCCUAUCACAUGAUAGCUUGUCUCAGCCUCUUUUUAAUGCACCCUUGUGGUUUUUAUCUGUGUCAGACACCGCCCUUAAUUCCCACAAAAGUGUAAGACAAUGUGGGAGGGAUUGACCGGACAUGCAGCGUGACUUUGGGUUCCAGUGCUGAUUUCGGUUCACACUUGUCAGAGCAAAUGAGCUUGAGAACGAAAUUGUGUACAACGCCUAUGCCGAUGCAUGCCGACACCGAUAUCUUAGAACAAAAUAUACCUGUACUUUUAUUUGUGUAUAUAAUUUGCUUGAGUGUUUAAUGCUGCAUUAGUACAAUUCCAUUGUGUGAUGGAUUGCAUUGUUUGAUGAGUGUAUCAUAAAGCAUGCAGAUUUGUGCAUUCCA